CCUCGUCAUCCUCCUCCUCCUCAUCCUCAUCUCUCACCGGGAGCGUCCAGACGCCAAGAACGACGGCAGGCAGGGAGAGACGCGGUGGAGGGCAAAGGAAGGCAUUGGCAAUUAUCAACCCUGGUCACGAUGCGUGGAUCUCCCCGCCACGGGACGCGCGCAGGGUGGACGCCGCUGCUGCUGCUGCUGCUGCUGCUGCCCACGAUGCUGCUGGCGUCGCAGGCUGCGGAGAGGCAGCGGUCCACGGAGCACGUCGUGGUCCAGCUAAGCGAGGAGGCGCCGGAGGAGGAGGCGCGCCAACUUGCAGCCCAGUACGGCUACCAGAGUGCACGCAAGGUCACCUUUGGAAAGGGGCUCUACCACCUUUACCCCCAGGACUCCGCCAAGAGACGGAGCAAACGCAGCGCUCGCGGCAGACAGCGGCUCCAAAAAGACAGCCGGGUGAAGAGCAUUCUGGAGCAAGAGGGUUUCGACCGGCAGAAGCGAGGCUACAGAAGUUUAAACGACAUGGACGUCAACAUAAGCGACCCGCUGUUCACCAAACAGUGGUAUCUGAUAAACACGGGCCAGGCAGACGGCACACCCGGGCUGGAUCUUAAUGUGGCUGAAGCGUGGCAACUGGGCUACACCGGCCAUGGCGUCACCAUUGCCAUAAUGGAUGAUGGCAUCGACUAUCUGCAUCCAGACCUGGCAUCAAAUUACAAUGCAGAAGCCAGUUAUGACUUCAGCAGCAACGACCCGUACCCUUUUCCACGCUACACGGACGACUGGUUUAACAGUCACGGCACAAGAUGUGCCGGGGAAGUGUCGGCGGCGGCCAACAACAACAUUUGCGGUGUGGGAGUGGCCUACAACUCCAAAGUGGCAGGUAUUAGGAUGUUGGACCAGCCAUUCAUGACCGACAUCAUAGAAGCAUCAUCCAUCAGCCACAUGCCUCAAGUCAUUGACAUCUACAGCGCCAGCUGGGGGCCCACCGAUGACGGCAAGACCGUGGAUGGCCCCCGAGAGUUAACCCUUCAGGCCAUGGCUGAUGGCGUCAACAAGGGCCGAGGAGGGAAAGGCAGCAUCUACGUGUGGGCCUCGGGAGACGGCGGUAGCUACGACGACUGCAACUGUGACGGUUACGCCUCCAGCAUGUGGACCAUUUCCAUCAACUCCGCCAUCAACGACGGACGCACGGCGCUCUAUGACGAGAGCUGCUCCUCCACUCUGGCCUCCACCUUCAGCAACGGACGCAAAAGGAACCCGGAGGCUGGCGUGGCCACCACAGACCUUUAUGGAAACUGCACACUGCGUCACUCUGGAACGUCAGCGGCAGCUCCAGAGGCAGCUGGAGUCUUCGCUCUGGCCCUUGAGGCAAACCCGGACCUAACAUGGAGAGACAUGCAGCACCUGUCGGUGCUGACCUCCAAGAGGAACCAGCUCCACGACGAGGUCCACCAGUGGAGGAGGAACGGCGUGGGCCUGGAGUUCAACCACCUGUUCGGCUACGGCGUGCUGGACGCGGGCGGCAUGGUGAAAAUGGCCAAAGAUUGGAAGACGGUGCCCGAGCGUUUCCACUGCGUGGCCGGAUCCAUCCAGGAGAACCAUAAAAUCCAGUCGGGCAACAAGCUGGUUCUGGCCAUCGCCACCGACGCCUGCCGGGGCAAGGACAACUUUGUCCGCUACCUGGAACACGUCCAGGCGGUCAUCACCGUCAACGCCAGCCGCCGCGGCGACCUCAACAUCAACAUGACCUCGCCCAUGGGCACCAAGUCCCUCCUCCUCAGCCGGAGGCCCCGCGACGACGACUCCAAAGUGGGCUUCGACAAGUGGCCCUUCAUGACCACCCACACCUGGGGCGAGGACCCGCGCGGGACCUGGGUGUUGGAGGUGGGCUUCCGAGGCGAGGAGCUCCAGCGAGGCGUCCUCAAGGAGUGGACCCUCAUGCUGCACGGAACACAAAGUGCCCCUUACAUAGACCAGAAGGUGCGCGACUACCAGUCCAAGCUGGCCAUGUCGAAGAAGGAGGAGCUGGAGGAGGAGCUGGACGAGGCCGUGGAGAGAAGCUUGAACAGCUUGCUGAGUAAAAGCAACUAAAAAUCUCGCCUGCAUGACCCUAACUCGCUUCUCAUCCUUCCUAUCGCUACUUCUACCUCUCUCGCCCUCCUCACCCUGCUUUUUCUACAUUUCAGUUCCGACCUUCAAUGAAUGUUCUGUGUUAUCAAUGACAGUAUACCCUUCAGUAAUCGGAGAAACAUCAUUUUUACACUCGUGGUCAAAAGUUUACAUACACUUGUGAAGGACAUUGUUAUGGUUACUGAGGGGAGGUGACGGCAACAGACCCCAGGGGGCUCUAAGUAUUUAUUAUAUAUAGUCACUAUAUAUAAUAAUCAAACAAUAAUAAUAUAAACUAAGGAAAUGGAGUGUGAACUAGAUCCAGAAGUGUAUGUGGUGCGUAGCUAUGGGUGUGAUUAGCUGUAGUGUGUGUUACCUAGUGUUGUGUUGGGUGAGAGGAGGGACAAGGCAGGAAGACAGACAGCGAGAGGCGUCGAGAGGCAGUCCGGGAAGCAGGGGAACGACGACGAGGAAUGACGAGACGCACAGCAACGUCAGACGCGGGAACGGAGGUUGUACGCCAACAGAAGAUUAUACUCCGGCGCGGCAUAGCAGGUUGUGCGAGCUUAUGAAGGCAGCUCGUUCAUCCCGGGCAGGUGCGCUGAUUACAGAUCUCCUGCAGCCGUGCGGAGGUGCGCCCGCAGCGGAGAGGAAACGCCCAUGGGCGCACAGACGGAUGAGCGGCGUUGGCAGGAGUCUGAGCCGUAACAGACAUAAUGUUAUGGCUGUCUUGAGUUUCCAAUUCAACUUCUACAACUCUUAUAUUUUUUUGUGAUAGAGUGAUUGGCGCACUGUCAUGAUCCGUGGCCCGGAUCAUGUUUUGUUGUGUUCUGUUAGUUUUGGACUCCCUGAGUUACUGUUUGUACACCUCUAGGUUUGUUUUUGUUUCCAUGGGGAUUUAUUGGGUUCACCUGCCUCUGGUUAGUGGUCGGCACGCUCAGCUGCUGUCAGCCACUAAUCAGAAAGCAAUUUAUUCACUUUGCUCGCUAUGUUAAGUCUGGCUUCAUUGUUUGCUUCUUGCCACAGUUAUUCCUUAUCUCUAGUCUAUACUAGUGUUAGCUUUAGCGUCCAGUGCGAUCGGCACUUUUUCGUUUUUGGUACUUGUUUGAUUUCGACAAAUAUAUCAUGUUCCUACCCGCACGUCCUGUCCGGAGUGGUCCAUCUGCAUCCCGAGGGGAGCGAACCCCGCAAUAAAAUGCGAAACCAAUCGUGACAAGCACAUACUUGUUUGUCACAAAAAGAAACAUUCAUGAAUUUUGGUUCUUUUAUGAAUUUAUUAUGGGUCUACUGAAAAUGUGACCAAAUCUGCUGGGUUAAUAUUUGGUUACAUGUCCCUUGGCAAGUUUCACUGCAAUAAGGCGCUUUUUGGUAGCCAUCCACCAGCUUCUGGUUGAAUUUUUGACCACUCCUCUUGACAAAAUUGGUGCAGUUCAGCUAAAUUUGUUGGUUUUCUGACAUGGACUUGUUUCUUCAGCAUUGUCCACACGUUUAAGUCAGGACUUUGGGAAGGCCAUUUUAAAACCUUCAUUCUAGCCUGAUUUAGCCAUUCCUUUACCACAAAGAAUUAGCUGUUUGGCCACAAUACCCAGCAAUAUGUUUGGAGGAGAAAAGAUGAGACCUUUAAUCCCAGGAACACCAUAACUACCGUCAAGCAUGGUGGUGGUAGCAUUAUGCUCUGGGCCUGAUUUGCUGCCAAUGUAACUGUUUUUUUACAGAGAGUAAAUGGGACAAUGAAAAAAGAGGAUUACCUCCAAAUUCUGGUAGCCAUCCACGAGCUUCUGGUUGAAUUUUUGACCACUCCUCUUGACAAAAUUGUUGCAGUUGGUUUUCUGACAUGGACUUGUUUCUUCAGCAUUGUCCACACGUUUAAGUCAGGACUUUGGGAAGGCCAUUUUAAAACCUUAAAUUCUAGCCUGAUUUAGCCAUUUCUUUACCACAAAAAAAUUAGCUGUUUGGCCACAAUACCCAGCAAUAGGUUUGGAGGAGAAAAGGUGAGACCUUUAAUCCCAGGAACACCACAACUACCGUCGAGCAUGGUGGUGGUAGCAUUAUGCCCUGGGCCUGAUUUGCUGCCAAUGUAACUGGUUUUUUGCAGAGAGUAAAUGGGACAAUGAAAAAAGAGGAUUACCUCCAAAUUCUGGUAGCCAUCCACGAGCUUCUGGUUGAAUUUUUGACCACUCCUCUUGACAAAAUUGGUGCAGUUGGUUUUCUGACAUGGACUUGUUUCUUCAGCAUUGUCCACACGGACUUUGGGAAGGCCAUUCUUAAAUCUUAAUUCUAGCCUGAUUUUGGCCAUUCCUUUACCACUUUUGACAUGUGUUCGGGGUCAUUGUCCUGUUGGAACACCCAACUGCACCCAAAACCCAACCUCCGGGCUGAUGAUUUUAGGUUGUCCUGAAGAAUUUGGAGGUAAUCCUCCUUUUUCAUGGUCCAAUUUACUCUUUGUAAAGCACCAGUUCUGUUGGCAGCAAAACAGGCCCCAGAGCAUAAUACUACCACCACCAUGCUUGACGGUAGGUUUGGUGUUCCUGGGAUUAAAGGCCUUACCUUUUCUCCUCCAAACAUAUUGCUGGGUAUUGUGGCCAAACAGUUCAAUUUUUUGUUUAAUCUGACAUCACAUGGACAAAGAUAAGACCUUCUGGAGGAAAUUUCUGCGGUCGGAUGAAACAUUUGGUUAAACGUGCGGACAAUGCUGAAGAAACAAGUCCAUGUCAGAAAACUGCACCAAUUUUGUCAAGAGGAGUGGUCAGAAAUUCAAGCAGAAGCUUGUGGAUGGCUACCAAAAGCGCCUUAUUGCAGUGGAACUUGCCAAGGGACAUGUAAGCAAAUAUUAACAUUGCUGUAUGUAUACUUUUGACCCUCACAUUUUCAGUAUAUCCAUAAUAAAUUCAUAAAAGAAGCAAACUUCAUGAAUGUUUUUUGUGACCAACAAGUAUGUGCUCCAAUCAGUCUAUCACAAAAAAAACAAGAGUUUUAGAUAUUAUUCGAAACUCAAGACAGCCAUGACAUGAUGUUCUUUACAAGUGUAUGCAAACUUUUGACCAGGACUGUAACUGUACGUCACCGAAAUGCUCCCGCUUCGAUCGCCCCCGCGCACCUCUCUCGUUCUCUUUCCGCCGACUGUUGUACAGUUUGUGACUGUAAAUGACUCCAUGUCCGACUUCAACUUGAAUAUACUGCAAACAGAGCGGUGAUGCUUUGAUUUCUGUUCAAUAUUUCUGUGACGAGCUCUGUUUGUAUAAACCAAGAGAGGAACAUGUGAUUCGUUUGCGGCCUGUAGUCGAUAAUACCUUUGAUGUACACUUAUAAUAAUAAAUCUAUUUAGCUGUUUAUUAAAGCACUUGAGUGAUUUGGAAGCAUUAAGUUCUCCAUGAAGGCAGCACGGUGAUUCAUUUUGUCGGGGCGUUGGGGGAAAUAAUGGAAACACCUGUACCGGAGUUGUCAUACCAGUGGAAAAAUAGGUUUGCCAGCAAAAAUGU